AUGGCCUAUGAUCCAAUUGCCCAGGCCGAUCGAGAUGUUCUCUCAGAAGGGUCUGAUUCAGUUGUCUCGGGCUCUCCACCGCCUGACGAUUUCUUUCGUCCUAUCUCAAUGCAAUUCGAAAACACUGGGGAGUUAAAUAUUGAAGCUGGGGAGACGAAUGAACAUGCCGAUACUCGUUUAGGUUCUCUGAUGAGAUCAAUGGCUUCCAUAGGGACAAGUUACGACAUGCUCGAAGAUGAUGAAUAUGAGGAUACCCAGCAAACUCCUGUGAAGAACAAGAGGAAAAAUAUGGACGCCUGCUUCGCACCUCCCCAGCCACAUUCCUCCGUUGGUCGGCUGCCGGCUGCAUCGAUUGGACCGAAAUUGCCACUGAGACGCCCGACGCCCGACUUGCAGUCCGUGCAGGGAGCUUACUUCAAAAACGUGGAGCGCUUGGAAGAGAGUGCUGAACGGCUGAGCAUGACCUCGAGCAUGGAUGGAGAACUUCAGAAGCUGAAAUUCGAACGACGGCAAGGACAAGGACACUCUUCUGCACCUAGCGAAUAUGCUCAUCCAACACAACACACUUCCAGACAAGUUUCUACCUCCUCGCUUUCCAAUUCAAUCAUUGGCGUUAAUGCUUCACCAACAUCAGCGGGCUAUCCACCCUCUCGACAUGUGAUCUCCCCUAAAGGGUCUGUACUCUCGGGUUCCUGGUCACAUACCUCCAACCCAGGCCGUUCAACUUCAAAGAGCUCACGAUUUCCCCAGCCGUUAGCAGAUCAUGACGUUGCACAGACUUCUCCAGAACAUUUCCGUCAAUAUGCCUCCCCAACUGAUGAACCGCCUCAACCUCCAUCCCAUACAUACAGGCCUGAGAAGCAUGAUAGAAGACCUUCGGUCGAGCAGUCACCAGAGUACGAUACCGAGAAGCCUGACGAAUUUCGUCCCUCGACAUCAGCCUCUAAUGACACAUACCGUCAAGCCACUGAUCUUUUUGUUGACUUCGAUGGUGUACACUUCACGUCUCAUUCACACCUGUCCCCUAACCGGCAGGUAUCUAUCAAUCGCCAAAUCGCCAUCAACCAGCCACCAUUGGCGACCGAUGCAGCAGCUUUCACCGAGCCACCACUGGAUGAGGGCAUGGUGUACUAUCCAGCACCAGUGCCAAUGAUGCUCAAUCUGCCCCAGAAGUUGUCCAAGCAACCCUCGCCUGCUGAAAGAGAGAGGCGACGUUUGAAAGCUCUAAGUGCAAUGCCAACCGAAAUGCGGAAGUCUGCAGCAUGGCUGAAUAAGACGGAGAAAACGACCUCAGCGGAUGGCACGCGAACGUCGCAAGCUCUGUCCAGCUUGCCUCCACAGCUACGUGCGAGCGCAUUCUUUCAGAAACCUGCUCUCACUCAGGAUAUUGACAUCAAAUGUGCUUCCGCUGUGGAUACCCUUGAUAGCAUUCUGGAUGCUUCCGCCCAUGCCCCCGUGAGCGCGUUCACUGACCACCCAUUCGCUGGUCAUCUUGGGGGCGAAAUAUAUGGGAAACGCAAUGUCCAUGAUAAAGGUGCGACGCUCGAGACGAAGAAAAAUCGCCGUAGCUCAAUCACCAAUCUGCUGCGAACAAGCACCGGCCCUACCUUGGACACGAAAGAUGCUCCGCCAAAGUCCCCUACAGGCCUCCCAAUUAUUUCACAGAACAAGCUGACCAAGAGACGGUCGAAGCUUGAGAUAAAUGAAAGAGAAGCCGCUCUUGUCGGUGCGGAAGCCACUCCCCUGACAAUGUUAGCAGAAUCCACAGAUGCUAAAGAUGAGGUAACCCAGUCUAAUGCAGAAGAUCCUGAUGACGAGGAUACCAAGGAAGCAAUAGAGGAAGACAACAGGGAAGAGGAAGACCUCGACACGCCUGCUUUUAGUGGGCCCCCCACCACUCUCCUAGCCGAGUUACAGAUGAGAAAAGCCCAACAAAGGCAGCGAAAUCGUACUGCUGCGAAUGCAUUUCCCAAUGGGAUGCACUCGACCUUGUUAGAGCUCGAUGCAGUCGCACAGUUCCAGCAAAAAUCGAGGAAGAAUAAGCAUAUCACGCUGGCGUGGGAAGACGCUGAGGUAGAUGAUGAAGCCAAAUUCGAUGAUGAUGACGUUCCUUUAGGACUGCUGGUUGCAGGGCAAAAGGCGCAGCAAAACAUAGAUCGGCCCAUGGGGCUUAUGGAGAAGCGUGACAUGGAAGACAAUGAACCUUUGAGCUGCCGUCGAGCAAGAUUAAGAGGAGAUGAGGUGAAUCCACAAGCAGUCAUUCUGCCCGAGCAGCAACGUGCUAGCACGGUGUACACACUCGACGUACCUGCCUUAGCUGAUAAAGUCUUGGAUGAGGAUGAGGGUGAGACCUUGGCUCAGCGCAUUCAAAGAAUUAAGACUGAAAAGGGGACCACAACUGGUCUUGGUGCUGAAUUUGCCAGCGAGAUUUCCAGUCUACUUGGCCUGAAGACGGAAAAUGUGGCACCUACAGCAACGACUCCAGAGGCUGAAGAGACGCUUGGCCAGCGUCGCAAACGGCUUCAGGAGGAGGCACUGAAGGGCUCUCGGCAGCCGAGUGCAGGAAGUGUGCACAACGUCCUUGAGCCUAAGCCACCAAGCAGCAUGGCUGACCUCUUGAGCCAGCAUCCUGCUGUUAAUGUCAGGCCGCCAUCGAACGAAGCGAGAACAAUUGCCCAGCAGAACACAUCUCUCAACAAAGUCGGCCAACAUAACUCUCCGCUCAGUAUGCACACUUUCCCACAACCAGUGAUGAAUCCUUAUAAUGUUCCCGGAACGAUGCCUGCUUAUCCUUCCUUCAAUAGCGGCAUGCCAUAUGCGAGCGGAGUCGCAGGUUUCAACUACAAUAAUCCAAUUUACAGCCCUGGUCUAGCCAUUCAGGUGGGAAGGUACGGUCAGAAUGCCUAUCUACACGACCAGAUGAUGAUGGGACCACCGUUGGAUGCGAAACAACGGGAUAUGAUUGACCGUUGGAGACAGGACGUUGCACCAUGA